UCAGGUUAAGAUCGCAUCUCUGUAGAGUUUGAAUGGAAACACCAGCACUUAUAUUUCACCUUUUAAGACUUCACUUUUCAUCCUGAUUGUACCUGUAAGCACAAAUGGACAUCCUGAAGUCUUUAGGACACCCGGAAGAGAUCUACAAUCUCUGUAAAUACAAAAUAGGAGGCUGCCGUUCUGUAAUGCCAAAACUGGAUUAUGACUCCAUGAGCGAAACUCUGCGGACCUGCUAUGUGUAUCUGAACCAGACGAGCCGGAGCUUCGCGGCGGUGAUUAAGGCCCUGGACGGGGAACUACGGCAUGCGGUGUGUAUAUUCUACCUGGUUCUGAGAGCUCUGGACACGGUUGAAGACGACAUGACGAUCCCGCUGGAGAAGAAGGUCCCGUUACUGCAUGACUUUCACAUGUUCCUCUAUCAGCCGGAGUGGUGCUUCACCAUGAGCAGAGAGAAAGACAGACAGGUCCUGGAGGAUUUUCCCACGAUUUCAGUGGAGUUCAGGAAUUUAGGCCGGCAGUAUCGGGACGUCAUUUCAGAUAUUUGUCACCGGAUGGGUGUUGGGAUGGCAGAAUUCCUGGAGAAGAAGGUCGGAUCCAUGAACGAGUGGGACAAGUACUGUCAUUACGUGGCGGGUCUGGUCGGGAUCGGACUGUCCCGUCUGUUCUCAGCGUCUCAGCUGGAAGAUCCCGAAGUGGGUCAGGACACAGAACUGGCGAACUCCAUGGGUUUGUUUCUCCAGAAGACCAACAUCAUCAGAGAUUACCUGGAGGACCAGCGGGAGGGACGAGCCUUCUGGCCGCAGGAGGCCUGGAGUCAGUUUGCAUCUCGUCUUGAAGAUUUCGCUCAACCACAAAAUUUGAGCUCCGCCCUCUCCUGUCUCAAUCUGCUGGUGACAGACGCACUCCAUCAUGUCCCUGAUGUCAUCACGUACCUGUCCCGUCUCCGCAACCAGAGCGUCUUCAAUUUCUGUGCCAUCCCGCAGGUGAUGGCGAUAGCGACUCUUUCAGCGUGCUACAACAACCCUCACGUGUUCCAAGGCGUGGUGAAGAUCCGUAAGGGUCAGGCGGUCACGCUCAUGAUGCAGGCCACAAGCAUGAGCGCUGUUCAGAGUAUAAUUGCACAGUACAGUCAGGAGAUACUGCAGAACGUUUCCGUCACGGAUCCGUCUCGGGAAAAGACGCUGUGUAUCUUGAGUCUGAUCCGUGAGAAGAGUCUGUCUCCAGCCACGCUGUCGUCCGGAGCGCAUCAUCUCUCUCCAGUCUAUGUGUCGGCCGCGAUAAUGUUAGCGGCUCUCAGCUGGCAGUACCUCAACGCCACGGCCGGACAGCCACCAGGGGGCGCUGGUAUGCAGGGAGACUGAGACUGUACCUGAAUUUACCUGAAUUUAGUUCAGCACUGCGGGGUCACACGGACACAGGACGCCCUCCAACCGCCCCGGCAACUGCAGUAUUUUUAGUUUUUUUUCUAAUUGAGUAAAUCUCACAGAAACAUGUCUGAGUUAUAUUUCAGCACAAAAUAAAUGAUAUGAAUAAAUGAAUUUGAAAAUGAAUAAUGAAUAAAUGAGUGAGUCACUUACGAUGCAAGUCAAUGGGGUUUAAUCUGUAAACAUUAAAAUACUGUUUCAAAAGUAUAGACACAAGACAUAAACAAUAUGUGUGUUAACAUGAUUUUACUGUCAUAAAAUCACUUGCUAACCACAUCUGUGAAGUUAUAUACAAUUUUAUUAAUUAAAACAAAAAUAAUAAUAAUAAUUUAAGUCCUAAAAUGACAGUAAAAACAACUUAAACAACUUUACAGCUCAAAUAAUACAGAAGAAUUAAUGUAAGUGGUUUUAUAAAUUAUAAGUGUCACAUUUCGUCCAUUAAACCCUCCAGAAAUGACUCCAUUGACUUCCAUUGUAAGUGUCUCACUGGAACACACAUUUGUGCUUUUGUAAAGCAAAUGAGGGACGAGUCGAAAUAUAUUUUUGUGCAAAUUAAGAUUAUGACACAAAUGCUGUCGAUUGAGAUUGAAUUUUGGUGGGGUAUAAUUUCUCACAGAAAAUGAUUCUGGUAUUUUCUGGCCUUUUUAUUUGUUUUUGUUUGUUUUGGCUGACACAUCAUCUUAAACUUCAAUGCAGAAAAUGCCAAAUUAAAUGUAAUUUCAGUACAACAAUCCCAAUCUGUGGUUUAGACAGAAAUAUCAGUUAUGAGCCGACAUUCGAGCAAAUUCAAAUUUCACCCCCAAAAUAUGAAAUAUUUCACCCCAGAGAGGGAGAAGAAAUUAUAUGUUGCAUCAAGUAAAUGAAGCCUGUUUUAGGAUCAUUACAUUCUUCCAUUCUGACGUUUUCAGCUCAAAUUCUCAACAAUAUUUUUUAGGCAGCUGUUCCAGCAGGGGGCCCCAAACUUCCCUAUCCCGAGCCACAUUAACCAGUUCUGACUGGGGGACCCCGUGGCGUUCCCAGACCAGUGUGGAGAUGUAAUCUCUCCACCUAAUCCUGGGUCUUCCCCGAGGCCUCCUCCCAGCUGGACGUGGCUGAAACACCUCCCUAGGGAGGCAGCCAGGGGGCAUCCUUACUACAUGCCCAAACCACCUCAACUGACUCCUUUCGACGCAAAGGAGCAGCGGCUCUACUCCGAGCACCUCACGGAUGACUGAGCUCCUCACCCUAUCUCUAAGGGAGAAGCCCGCCACCCUUCUGAGGAAGCCCAUUUCGGCCGCUUGUACUCGUGACCUAGUUCUUUCGGUCAUGACCCAGCCUUCAUGACCAUAGGUGAGGGUAGGAACAAAUAUUGACCGGUAGAUCGAGAGCUUUGCCUUUCGGCUCAGCUCUCUUUUCGUGACAACGGUGCGAUAGAGCGAGUGCAAUACCGCCCCUACUGCCCCGAUUCUCCGGCCAACCUCCCGCUCCAUUGUCCCCUCACUCGUGAACAAGACCCCGAGGUACUUGAACUCCUUCACUUGGGGCAAAACCUCCUUCCCUACCUGGAGUACGCACUGAAAAUAAUGUCACAAUGCAAAACAUCGUAAUGCUCCAAAAAUAGGCUUCAUUUAUCUGCAUGCAAAUAUAUGUAUUUCUUUUGAUAUUGGGGUGAAAUCAGGCACGCUGGACAGGUUUAUAGUUCUGCUGCUGAUCGUGAGGUUCAUAUUGUAUGUUUUCAUAUGUGAAAAUGUCAAAUGAGGGAAUAUAUAAUCCAAGGGUCAGUUUCAUUAGCAUUGCGAUGUGAUGUGUGAAUUUGAUUUGUAAAUACAUUUU